AUAACCAGACCUAGCGGCCGUCAGUAGACUUAUGUAGUUCACUUCACUCCGCUAAUGACAACUUAGUUUUGCUGUGCCGUAACAAUGAGCUCUGAAAAUACUAAUACCACUGAUCGUAGUUCUCCAGAUUAUUUAGCUCAAUUACUAAAAGAUAAGAAACAAUUUCAAAACUUACCUGCAGUAUUUACGCAUGCCGAAAGACUUUUGGACAGAGGUAAGAGUUUUUUCCGUGUUUUAUGUCAGUUUAUAUAUAUAGUUAAAUAUUAGCAAUAUAUUACGCUCCUUAAGGAUACUUGAAGAUUAUCUAGUCAUUAAAUUAAUAGUAGGAGACGCGGGACGGAAUUCAAAGUAUUAGGGCUAUUAAAUUGCGUCGAAAAAUGUUAUACGAAUACUUCUGAGUGUAUUUGUGUGUGUGUGUGUGUGUGCGUCUGCAUGUGUUUAUAAAAGCCUGUUAGGAAAUGGAAAUAAUUUUUUCUAUAUAGAACACUUUACACGGUGUUUGGCUGCUCAUCCAGGGGCAAUACAAUCUUUAAUAUGUUCUAUUGAGUUUAAUGAGGGGAAAGAACGUAAGAAAGGUUUUUUUCAAUACUCAUUCGGCCUGCAUACGCUACAUAAAACUUUCGGCCAUAUUGAAAGUUGAAACCGUCGAAAAUCCUCUAGCGGGCGCAUCUGCAUUUAAUUUCGACGGGGCCGCGUAUACAAUUAACAAAAAAAAAAUUGGUGAGAGAGCGGUAGUCCGCUCGUAUCGAGAUAGGAUCUUUUGGCCUAUUGUCCCCUUCGUUUAGCUUAAGGCAUGCGCGUCGAACGACAAUAGCCGCCUCGAGUAUACAAUAUACAAUAAAGUUUUUCGUUCGCUCGGUUUUGAUGGAUUACAAAGGAGUAUCUAGAGGUCUGGGCCGCGGUUUUUUUCGUAGGGGCGGGCCGUCUCGUGUAGUCGCUUAAUAAUGAAAAGAAGAAAAGGGUACGGCGUGUUUUGGUUGAAAGAAGCAGCGCGUGGUACUUUUAUAUAAACUGACCUAAUUAUAUGACGGGUACUAUGAAGGAAAAAGUUACGUGCCAGAGAAUAAGGUCGUGAAAGGGCACUAAAGAUAAAUGGGCUAGUGUCUUUUGUCGAAAGUUUAGUUUCUGAAUUUGAGCAGCAGAGAUAUACAAAGUACGGUGCAACCUCUUUCAUCUACAAUCGAACAAAGAGCCGAUGGUGCUUCCAGAUGCUGACGGUGAAAUUAUUCAACUGACAGAGAAACUAUUCGUACCGCAAAGAGAAUAUCCGGACUUCAAUUUUGUUGGAAGAAUACUCGGUCCAAGAGGCAUGACAGCAAAACAGCUAGAACAAGACACAGGAUGCAAAAUAAUGGUCAGAGGGAAAGGUUCUAUGAGAGAUAAGCAGAAGGAGGAUAUGAAUCGCGGUAAACCGAAUUGGGAGCAUUUGAACGAAGAGCUUCACGUUUUAAUUACCGUGGAAGAUACUGAAAAUAGAGCGAAAGUUAAAUUAACUAGAGCUGUUGAAGAAGUUAAAAAACUUUUGAUACCAUCGCCCGAAGGAGAAGACGAUCUGAAGAAAAUGCAAUUGAUGGAGUUAGCCAUUAUUAACGGAACUUACGGCGCCCAGGAACGUCAAAAAGCUAUUCUUCAAGCAGCAGCUGCAGCAGCCGCUCAACAACCUUUUCUACGACCUGGUUUGUCAUUUCCUCACUUACGUGCGACCGCUCAACCGCAGUUGCUAAUCUCACCACCAAGAUAUCCAGCUACUACUCUUUCUACCGGUGGUCUAGUAUCGCCAAAUGCACCACCGCCGUUGAUGUCGCCGACUGAUGCUGCUUCUGCCCUUUUGUAUCCUGGUACCUAUUUGAAUAUAGAUCCAACAUAUGGGGGAACAGCAACACCGCAAUCAACGGCUUUAAUUGAUAUUGCUCAACUACAAGUCGAUGGUAUGUCACCGUAUGUUCAUUAAAGGAUUGACACAAGCUAAGAAACAAACAAAAAAAAAAUUGAAUGUGCAAUCAUUCCAUGCCAUAAAAUUAUUCGUGAAAAAUUAUCUUUUUUUUUUAUAUAUUAAUUCUAUGUUUUUAACAUAUUUCUAACUUGGCAAAACAAAACCAAAAACCCAUUAAAAAAACCAAAUUUUCCUGAAAUUGCACAAUUCUUUGCUCAUUUUAUCUUUUUAUACGUAUGCUGCCAAACUUGUGUCUUGCCAUGUAAAUAUCUAAUGCUUUAGAAGGAUAUCUUACAAGUACGACUAAUACUAAUUACUCUUUAUUCAUUAAUCAUUCUGAAAUCGAAUAACCACCAAGGUUUUCAGGUUAUCUCGAAGAAAAAAUACGAAAACCCCGCUAAUGAAAUAGUUAUUUCGGUUUCAAAAUGUUACAUUUGUAAAUUCAUAUCGCUUAGCUAUAAUUGUAUUAAACUAAUGUUUCUAACUUUAAAAGGUGGCAAUGCAAUUAGAAACGAGAGAAGAGUAGCAAAUGCCAGGGCUCAUCCUUAUAACAAAGUUACUAUGUAAUGCUGGGCUCGCUGUUUCAAACUAGGUUGGUAACACUCAUUCUCUUCCUUUUUCUAAUUACGUACGCAAUUAACUUUAGUUAAUAGUUUUUUAAAAAAAAAAGGACAAUUAAAACAUAUCGUUAAUAUUUUUAUCAUUGUUUUUAUGUUGAUAUUUGCUCAGGUUAUUGUGAUAGUUCAUCGUUAUAAAUGUUAUAUUUUUUUCUAGAAUGUUGUUAAAUUUAUAAGCUGAUUACAGUUUCGUGCAAUAAUGAACUGAGAAACUAUACACACACGCAUAUUUGUCUGUAUGUAUAAGUUUAUAACAGUAUGUACAAAUAUAUAUAUAUAUAUAUAUAUAUGUUUAUAGACAAGAAAUAAUUUAAAACUAUUAAGGAGAGACAAAUAAUUUAUAAAAAAAACAUAUAUAUGUAUAUGUAUGUAUUGAAGAGGCAGGAACAAAGGAAAAAGAAAUUAACUUGUAGUUUGGGGCCAUAGAAACUUUUAGAAAGACCCUAAAUAGUUUUCUUUUUCUUGCGUUUGGCUUAUAGAAAGAAGAAAUAUUUAAAUGAGGAAGGCAAAUAAUGAAUUUUUUUUAUUUAAAAAGGAAAAACAAGGACAAAUGUAAAUUUUUUUAUAUAUAGAAAUCUCAAUUUAUAUAUAUAUAUAUCUAUAUAUAUAUAUAUCCUUUAUAUAUAUAUAUAUCAUAUUGUUGAAUCUCGUUUUAUACAUGUUCAUGUUAUACCGUACAUGUCUUGUAUUUGAUAAAUACAAAAUUAUUAAUUAAAGACAGCUUAUAGCAGAGAAGUAAGGAAAGGACAUUUGAAACUGUAUAUUACAUAUAUAAAUUUUUCUGCUCUUUUCUUUUACUUUUAUAUAAAUUAUACGAAUACACAAGGAGAAUGUGUAUGAAUUUUAUCGCAAAACUUAUGUUGGGUAUGUUAUAUAGCUGAUAUGAUGUUUGAAUGUUGAGUGUGUGUGCCUGUACUUGUACUGAUUCUUUCUUAACGCCUAAUUAUUAGCGUACGUAAUCAAAAAGAAAAAAAAACUAUUAACGAUCUUAUGUAAAAUAGUUGACGCUUCGUUCACAUUACUUGCUAUCUAACAUUCUUUUUAAUAUAACAUUUAUUAAUUGCCCGGCGAUAAUGUGAAUGGAGAGUUUAUUCGUAGCUAAUUAACAAGCUCUAAUUGCCUGUUAUUCUCUUCAUAGCAGCUCGAUGUUAACAAAUAAUGAAGACGGAAGAAAAUUUCCUUGAAGACUAUGCAAUUAUCUCUAUGGUGUCUAAACAAAAAAAAAAGUGCCUAAUAUUUUCUUACAUUUGUAGUAUUCUUUUUUUUAUAUACGAAAAAAAUUACUACGGAGACGUUUUCGCAUAGAAAAUAAUUUAAAAAAGGAAUAUUUGUAUGUACAUUGCAUGUUGAUGCAAAAAGACAAUUGUGGAUAGAUGUAUAUACUUACAUUCAUCUACAUAUACUGUACAUAUAUAUAUAUAUAUAUAUUUGUA